AUUUCAUUUUACUUAAAUUUAUUUUUUAAAGAGAAUACAUAUAUAUACAAAUAGAUCCUAAACAAUGGAGGCAGAUCUAUAUGAUGAGUUUGGUAAUUACAUUGGUCCAGAACUGCCAAGUGAUGAUGAAAGUGAGGAGGAAGCCUCUGAUUCAGACAACGAGGAAGAGCAAGACGAGGAAGACGAAGAUAUGGAAGAAAAAGAUGAAGAUCAAAUUGAGACAUCAACAGCAGUUGUGUUGCACGAGGAUAAAAAGUAUUAUCCUACAGCUCAAGAAGUAUAUGGUCCUGAAGUAGAGACUAUCGUCCAAGAAGAAGAUGCACAACCAUUGACAGAACCAAUUAUAAAACCAGUCAACAGAAAAAGAUUUGCGUUGGUUGAACAGGAAUUACCUUUAACUACAUACGAUAUGGAGUUUCUUGCUGAUCAGAUGGACAAUCCUGAACUUAUACGCAGCGUUGCUCUGUUAGGAAAUUUGCACUCAGGAAAGAGUAACUUUGUUGAUGCACUAUUUGAGCAAACGCAUCCUGAAUUAAAUAAAAAAAAAGAUGGGGAUUUAAAUUAUACAGAUACGCUAUUUACAGAACGAGAGAGGGGCGUUGGUAUUAAAAGUACACCUGUUACACUGAUACUACCUGAUUCGAAAUCAAAGUCGUAUUUGCUGAAUGUUUUCGAUACUCCAGGACAUGUGAAUUUUUCUGAUGAAGUAACAGCUGCAUUGCGAUUAUCUGAUGGUGUAGUGAUUUUUAUUGAUGCAGCUGAUGGGGUCAUGAUGAAUGUGGAACGUCUAUUAAAGCAUGCAGUACAGGAGAAAGUGGCUAUCACAAUAUGCAUCAAUAAAAUCGACAGACUUAUUUUGGAGCUGAAGUUGCCACCUGCUGAUGCGUACUACAAAUUGAAACAUAUUAUUGAUGAAGUCAAUUCUCUUCUCAGCGUAUAUGCAGAAGGCGAAGAGUAUAAUUUGGUUUCACCAUUGUUGGGAAAUGUAUGCUUUGCAAGUGCACAUUAUCGCUUUUGCUUUACUCUUCAAUCGUUUUCUAAACUUUACUGUGACACAUAUGGUGGUGGUAUCAGCUACAUAGAGUUUGCAAAGCGUUUGUGGGGUGAUGUUUACUUUAAUGAAAAGACACGGCGUUUCACAAAAAAAGCUCCACUUACUACGUCACCUCGAAGUUUUGUGGAGUUUGUCUUGGAACCAAUGUAUAAAUUAUUCUCCCAAGUUGUGGGAGAUGUAGACACAACUUUACCACAAGUGUUAAGUGAAUUAGGUAUAUACUUAACCAAAAGUGAGCUAAAAUUAAACAUCCGUCCACUGCUCAGACUUGUAUGUAAAAGAUUUUUUGGGGAAUUUACUGGUUUUGUGGAUAUGUGUGUUCAACAUGUUCCAUCUCCUCUUUCUGCAGCCAGUAGUAAGAUUCGUCACUGUUACACUGGGCCGUAUGAUUCAGAAAUAGCAGAAAGUAUGAUAGACUGCGAUGCAGAAGGUCCACUGGUAGUACACACAACAAAACUGUACCCUUCAGAAGAUGGUACACAGUUUUAUGCAUUUGGUAGAGUGUUUAGCGGGACUAUUCACGCAGGACAACAAGUUCGAGUGCUUGGAGAAGGCUACACAAUAGAGGAUGAGGAAGAUUCAAGAGUUAGCUCUGUUGGAAGACUUUGGGUUAACGAAGCAAGAUACAAGGUUGAAUUGAAUCGUGUACCGGCUGGUAACUGGGUAUUGAUUGAAGGUAUUGAUGAACCUAUAGUGAAAACAGCCACUGUUACCCAAAUGCAAGGAACCGAAGAUGUGUAUAUUUUCCGUCCUUUAAAAUUUAAUACCAAUUCUGUCAUAAAAAUUGCAGUGGAACCUGUAAAUCCUUCAGAAUUACCCAAAAUGUUGGAUGGGUUAAGAAAAGUCAAUAAAAGCUACCCAUUGAUAAAUACAAAGGUUGAAGAUUCAGGCGAACAUGUUGUUUUAGGCACUGGCGAAUUAUAUUUGGAUUGUGUUAUGCACGACUUAAGAAAAAUGUAUUCUGAAAUAGAAAUUAAAGUAGCUGAUCCAGUGGUCACUUUCUGUGAAACUGUUGUUGAAACUUCAUCGUUAAAAUGUUUUGCUGAAUCACCUAAUAAAAAAAAUAAACUGACGAUGAUUGCAGAACCUUUAGAAAAAGGAGUAGCUGAAGACAUUGAAGCUGGUAAAGUUCAAAUCUCAUGGGACAAAAAACGUCUGGGUGAAUUUUUCCAAACUAAAUACGAUUGGGAUCUGUUGGCAGCUCGUUCCAUUUGGGCUUUUGGACCUGACGCAGCUGGCCCUAACAUAUUAGUAGACGAUACAUUACCCAGUGAGGUUGACAAAAGUUUAUUAAAUUCUUGCAAAGAUUACAUCGUACAAGGCUUUCAAUGGGGUACUCGGGAAGGUCCACUGUGCGACGAACCUAUUCGCAAUGUCAAAUUUAAAAUUCUCGAUGCAUUAAUCGGAGGCGAUGUAAUCAAAAGAGCUGGAGGUCAAAUAAUCCCUACAGCAAGGAGAGUUGCAUAUUCAGCGUUUUUACUGGCUAUUCCCCGAUUAAUGGAGCCAUACAAUUUCGUUGAAGUGCAAGCGCCAGCAGAUUGUGUUUCUUCAGUGUACACCGUGUUAGCUCGAAGGAGGGGACAUGUAACACAAGACGCGCCAGUCCCAGGCUCUCCGUUAUACGUCAUAAAAGCUUUUAUACCUGCGAUUGACUCGUUUGGUUUUGAGACAGAUUUAAGGACACACACGCAAGGUCAAGCUUUUUGUUUGUCAGUUUUCCAUCACUGGCAGAUCGUACCUGGUGAUCCAUUGGACAAAACGAUAGUCAUCAGACCUUUAGAAUCGCAGCCUGCUACACAUUUAGCGAGGGAAUUUAUGGUGAAAACGAGGCGACGAAAGGGUCUUAGCGAGGAUGUCAGUAUAGGAAAGUUCUUCGACGAUCCUAUGUUGCUGGAGUUAGCAAGACAAGACGUUAUGUUUAAUUAUCCGAUGUGAAUUAACUCACCACGUGGAGUUGUUUUGAUGUGUGUGAUGUGUGACAUGAUCUGAAAGAGAUGUACCAACACGAAAGCAAGAUAGAAAACACUCUAUUUUACACCUUUAGUUUUUAGGAGUGAAGAUUUUUCGUACAAGUAACAACUUUUGUAAAAGAAGUUGUUAAAAUAUAUUUACAAACCCGUA